AAACCCUAGUCCCCCCUGCAUUCAUCAUCGUUAAUUUCUCCUUUCGUCACGAUUCGCCGCCGCCUUGUGCUCCAGUCAUUUACAUGUUAUCGAGUUUUCUCUCUACGUAAAGAGACUUUCCCUCUUUAGUUGCAGAUUCGCAUCAGAUUCUGUUUUUGAUGUGUCGGUGAUCAUCGAUGGUGAACGAAUUCGAGAAGAUGGAUAAGGAACGAGUUAGGAAACGAGCUCGUAUGACCUGGGACGAGGCGCCAGCUGAACCAGAUGCUAAAAGGUCUCAGAGACAUGGAAGCGAUGGGAGGGUUUUGUUGUCACCACCACUAAGGGAGGAUGAUCGCGACGGCCAUUACAAUUUCAGUUUGAGAGAUAAUCUCACUCCUAGAUAUAAAAUACUAAGCAAGAUGGGUGAAGGCACAUUUGGUCGGGUUUUGGAAUGUUGGGAUCGUGAAACUAAAGAGUAUGUGGCUGUAAAGAUUAUCCGAAGCAUCAAGAAAUACAGGGAUGCGGCAAUGAUUGAGAUUGAUGUUCUUCAAAAGCUUGUUAAGACUGACAAAGGCCGCAAACGAUGUGUGCAGAUGAAGGACUGGUUUGAUUACAGGAAUCAUAUUUGCAUUGUGUUCGAGAAGCUUGGGCCAAGUUUGUUUGACUUUCUAAAGAGAAAUAAAUACUCCGCAUUUCCUCUGGCUCUUGUCCGAGAUUUUGGAUACCAGCUUUUGGAAUCUGUAGCAUAUAUGCACGAGUUACAGUUAGUUCACACCGACCUCAAGCCCGAGAACAUUCUUUUGGUGUCUUCAGAAAAUGUAAAGCUUCCUGACAAUAAGAGGAGUGGUUCAAAUGAGACGCAUUUCAGGUGUUUACCGAAGUCAAGCGCCAUUAAACUGAUUGAUUUUGGCAGUACUGUUUGUGAUAACCGGAUUCAUCACUCUGUUGUCCAAACAAGGCAUUACAGGUCCCCUGAGGUCAUUUUAGGUCUAGGAUGGAGUUACCAGUGUGACUUAUGGAGCAUAGGUUGUAUACUAUUUGAACUAUGCACUGGUGAGGCUCUGUUUCAAACGCAUGAUAACCUUGAACAUCUAGCGAUGAUGGAGAGGGCAUUGGGACCUCUGCCUGAACACAUGACCCGGAAAGCCUGCCGGGGUGCUGAGAAAUAUUUUAGGAGAGGAGGUAGGCUGAAUUGGCCUGAAGGGGCCAACUCUAGAGAGAGUAUUAGAGCUGUAAAAAGACUUGAUCGUCUGAAGGAGAUGGUAGCGAGGCAUGUAGACAACGCAAGAUCGGGAUUUGCAGAUCUGUUGUAUGGUUUACUGCAGUAUAAUCCGUCCGAGCGUCUCACAGCAAACGAUGCUCUUGACCAUCCUUUCUUUAAGAACGCAAGCUGAGAAGAAGCAAAAAACAGAUGAGGCGAAGUGUCUGUCUACAUAGCAAUGUGCACCAUAAACUGUAGAAUUUUUACUUGGUAUCAAGUUUUUUUUCUUUCUAAAGCUCCUUGUCUCAUUAGCACCAUUCAGGUUUCAAGUUUGGCUACAGAAUAAUCUCUGUUGUAAUUACAUUGUGUUGUUGAGAGUUAAAAGUCACUUUGACCACAUUUUGAAACU